AACAGCUGUUAUUGUGAGAAUGUCAUUUUCUUAUUUUACAAAGAAAAUCAAUGAAAUGAUUAAAACAUGAUACGCACGUAGAUUUCACAUAAAAAAAGUAAAGUCCUUUUGCACUUUGAAUAUAUUACUAAUCAAGCAUGGAAACAGCAAACUCAAAGACGUUAGAUUUUAACUUUAAAGGUACUGAAGAUUCAAAAAAAGAUACUCAUAUCAUGACCUCCAGUACCAUUUCAACGGCUUCCAGCCUUAUUUCUCCUGGUGAUUCUGGGGUUCAACUCUUCGAUAGUGAAAGUGAAUUGACUUCGACUAUGUCAGGCUGGGAAAAUGAUAUCACUCGACCAGAUGCCUGUUCAGAAAUUAUUUGCAAUGAUGCACAUAAAAACAAUGAUGGCGAUCAUGAAGUCAAGCUGAAAAAUCCUGUAGAAAAGAUAAAGGCAAAUGAAAAACCAGACCACAAACAAAGUCAAAAAUUAGAAACACCGAAGAGUGAUAUUGCAAAUCAAAAUGUAUGUUCAACUUUAUUGUCUUGCUCAGUUCCCAAUUAUUUUGACAAAUUCUUUAAUGACGAUAUUAACUCACUUCAGUGCACUGGGAUGGAAGCAUCAUUAAAAAGUCCAAGUGAUGAUGUUUUUGAAAUGGAGCAUCCAAUUAAAUUAAAUACUGAUGUAGAUCUAAUGAAUAUUUCACUCAAUAGUUACGAGCUUCUGGACUAUACAUUGCAAAAUACAAUUUUAAAACCAGACACUGAAAAUAUUGAUAUGCAUGUGAGCAUCUCAGAGGAAGUUAAUGAAAAUCUGAAAACCGUCAAUACAGAAAAUGAAAAUGUUCCCGCACCUGUAAAAGAGGAAUUCCCUGUUGAAGCUGUAAAACCUACUGAGGAACAAAUUGUAUUUCGUCGCCAAAGAAGGAAAAAAUCUAAAUCAGAUACCCCAAAAAAACGUGUAUCUUUUCAUGAAGACAUACUCAAUAGUACUAAAGUUGAUGAUAUUCAUAUAAACUUGGGUUUCAUUACUCAUGAGCCAGAUGUCUCGUACACUUUCUUCCAAAAAGGGUUUACCCGAAAACCUGAUGUUGUGAAAGGACGUUAUAGCUGGGCAGCAGAAGGGGAUGCUCCGUAUUAUGAGAAAUCUGCAACCAACAGAGAAGUCAAAUCUGACAUAUAUGUGCAUAAUCCUCGAUACUCUUCUACAUCAUCUAGCUCUACAGGGAGUGUAUCAAGCUCAAUCGAUGAAGAAGAUACAACUUCAGAUGAAAAUCUUCCUAAAAGGGAGCCAUCUGUGAAAAUGCCUAAGUCUAGUUGUUUAAAAAAGUCAAAGCGAAACAAGAAAUAUAUUGAUACAAAAAUUGUUCAAGAGGAAACGGAUUUAAGAAAAAGGAAAUCGGAAACAAAUAUGCUUGAGAGCAACAUAUUUGGUAGUUUGAAAAAUAUUUUAAAUUUUUCAACAUCGGUACCAUUGGCUGAACGUGGUGUUCCAGAAGGUCAGGAAGAUGUUUGUAUUUAUUCUUCAUCUCAUGAUGUUUUUAGUUCAACAAAACCUUUAACUAGCUUUUCAUUCAAAGGCAAUCAAACUAAAGAUGUUAAAGAAGUGGUGGAGGAUACAGAAAUAAAAAUUCCACCCACAAGUCAGGUCAGUCUAGCUAAAACUAAUCUGAAGCUCACGCAAAGCGAAGGUUUUUACCCAAAUUAUCCUAAUCAAGAUUUGCCUGCUAACAUUAUUCUCUGUGAUAGCAAUGUUUAUGAGCACAAAGGUAUUAGUUAUUCUUAUGAGUAUGACAAUUUUCAAAAGACAUUUGAACAGCAAAAUAAGCCCAAGAGUUCUCUGGUAUAUCAGAUGAUAUUAAAAGAGUUUAACUUCUUUCGCCGAAAAGCCAAAGAAGAACCAGAAAAGGAAGCUGAAGAUUUUGAGGUGAUAAAUCAUGCUUCGACACCUAAAGGUUGUGAUACUAUGGUGGAAGAAGUAAUAGAACAAGCAGAAGAAAAAAUACCAAACACACCUAAGAACCCUAUGGGAAAGUAUACAUCAUCAGCAAAGCUAGACUGGUCAGACACCGAGACAAUUUCUGAUUUAUCCGAAGUACGUAGUAAUUCCAGACAUUUAGAAUCGCCCAAACGCAGAAUAAAUAAACAUAAUCAUUAUGCAGUUGCAUCCUCUAGCAAAAAUUCUUUUUUAUAUGAACAGAAAAGUGAUGCUGAGAGCUCCAAAUCUUUGCCAACAAUGAGAACUUGCACAUCAAAAUCAUCUUUAAUAAACAGGUUUCUUAGAAAUGUUACCCAGAAAAAAUUGUUGGAUAUAAAAGCUAUGAGGAAUCAGAGAAGAUCGAGGAGUUAUAUUAGCUUGUAUGUGAGUGGUUGUAAAGUUGAUAAAAAGUGCAAUGAGGAAAUUGAUAAAGAAAUUGAAAAGGAAAUAACCCGCGGUAAAGAAAAGCAACUACAUUCGGACAUUUCUAAUAGAAAGAUGAUGAUGGAGCUAAGGAAACAAGUUUUUCGGAAAAAAACGGAAAAUCUUGUAAAGAUUUUUCCAGUUAGAAGCGCCUACACUACAAACGGAGAGAGCAAACCAUUACUUGUAAUACUGACAGACAUCACAAUAUACAUCUGUAGUGCUAAGCAGAACAAUUUUUCGAAUCAUUUUGUGUUGCCUUACGCAGAACUGAAUAUAAUCCUAAUUGGUCCCAAUAAUCAAACUAUCCAUUUCUCUAACUAUGACACUGAUAUGCAAUGCUUGAUCAGCACUGGUUGUUCGAGUAUUACCAAUGAUAUCGUUUCUCUCUUGGAAAUAACUAUGAGAAAAGAUACCGGCAAGCCCAGGUUACCAGCUGUAAAGCAGUUGACUAUGAGAGAUAUGGCCUGUUUAAGAAAUAUCAUAUGUAAACAGACUUCUGUUGAAAAGGAUGAAGAAUAUUACUAUUACAGUAUUGUAAACAUUCAAGACUUUUCACUGGAAGAUAUGAUAUCUACACCAUUGGGCCCUGCCAAGGAAGGACCCCUAAUGUUUAAAACAACUGAUUCAAAUCGUUGGGAAACCGCAUAUUUUAUUCUGAAAGCUGGAGUGCUUUACAUGUUCUCAUCAGCAUCGCAGAGGGUUCCAAUGCGAGUAUUUCCUUUAAUCAAUGGAUCCUGUCAGGGUGCCCAUAGAAUUUUUAAUGCUCACCGGCCCCAUACUUUUCAGCUGAUUGUUGAAGGCAAAUCACUUUUGUUAGCAGCACCUGACGAAUAUGUCGCUAGUGAAUGGCUUCAGGAACUGAUUCACGCGGCAAGUGGGAUUUAUCACAAAGAUAAAAGCUUAACCCUGUCUUGCUCGUUAAUGAUGACAAGUGAACAUAUUUUGACCGUGAGGGAGGCUUUUCCUCAUACCAUAACCACUGGCCUGUCCAAAAAAUUCCAUGAGCCCCUGAAAGGUCCACAAGCACUUUCAUGUGCCGCCAUUGUGGAUUUGAUUUCGUUUCGUUUACCAUCAGCAGAACAGAGUUGGUGCAUUUUGGAAUUUUCGUGUCGGGAAGUCCAUGAGUAUAGUGGUGAUUGGAUUCUUUACUUUUCUUCUAAUGCCGAACUCGAAUCCUUUAUUUCAACAUUAGAAAUGCUUUGGCAGUAUAAUAAUGAAAACGAUGAAAGUUUUCCACUAAGCACCAUCCCUGAAACUGAUCCUCUAAGUAAGAGAUGUGUAGACACUUACACUACCCUCAUUGAAAGGUGGCCAACUAAUACUGUGCACCUUCAAUUUUUAUAAGGUGUUUGCUUGUUUUUAUUGUAAGGUUUAUGAGCCCAGGGUUAUUUGAUCUACAGUGCAUUAACAUUACCGAUUUUAUGAAUAGUUUGUGUUUUGGGGAAAAACCAUCACUGUAUUUGAAUUGCCCUGGUCUGGUUCUGAUUGAUCCUUUGAUAUAAAAAAAAUAAUGAGGUAUGUUAACCAUAUUUAUAUGCUAGUUGUAUUAAUGGCGCCCACUAAUUACCAGUGCUUAUUAUAGUUUAUUCUAAUACAACUUACUCAUGUAAAUCUGUUUAUUUUAGCAAAAAAAAUAUGACUGCUCAUCUGCUCAUUAUGAUGAUAGAAUUCAUUGAGGGAGCUUAUUCAGAAGAUAAAAAUAAGUGAAAAGUUCAUAUUUCAGGGAUAUAGGGUGUUGAAAUAUUGCAAAAAAAUGUUUUUUUCCCUAUUUUUAAAAAAUGUUGUUUAACCAGUCUCACUCCUCAGGUCGUUUUACUUGAUUUAAAUAAUAAAAAAGUGGUACGCUAAUGCUUUAAAAAUGGCCUUUUCACUUUUGGAGAAAAAAAAAAGUGUGUUCAUGUGCAUCUAAUUGGUGUAGCACAUUUUUUAUUAUUUAAAUUACCGUUUCACGAACGCCACUGGUUAAACAAAAACAGUUUUAUGCUAAAAAUUUGUUUUUAAAUGGCAACACCAAGUUUGAAAUCAAAAUCUAGAUUUUUUAAAAAUAGCAAAAAAAAUUUUUUUCGCACCUUGUAUCUGCGCAUUUUAGGAUGUAAGUGUAUGUGAACUUUUUUUACUUAUUUUUAUCUGUUGAAUAGGCUGUUAAGUUUUUAUAUUAUAAUUCGGACCACGUAUAUUUUCUUAUGUAUUUAUAUAUUAUAAAUUUUAAGGUUCUUCGUAAUGUGCAAUUUAUUUUUUCAUAGUUGUUGACUAUUUAGUUUUUAUCUUAUUAAGGGAGCAGCUGAGCUUGUAAAAAGUUUUACUGAGGUUAAUUAAAUAAAUAACUUUUGUGAUCCAUGUUAUUGAAGGAGUAUUACAUUCUGUAGUGAACUAAAUAUUUAUUAUAAUGUGGUUAAUUCAUUUAUAAAACGAAUUUUCUACAAGGAUAAUGAUGUAUUCACAAUAACACAAAAGUUGCAAUAUGUGUUUUUCCUUUAUUUCCUAAGCCAAUUACAAGCAUAAUAAGAUAGAUAAGCCAAAUUUGCCCGGGGUUUGUAUUUGAUCAACGUAUUAAUUUAGGUGAUUGAGUUUAAAUAUUAUGACCAUUUUCUCUAUUUUUAGAUAAUUUAUAUUGGGUUUACAAAAUCGGAACUUUAUAGAUAAGACAUAUUUUUCUAAUUUUCGUUCGGAAGUAUCUAGUCAUUAUUUUGAUAAUCAGAUGUUGUGAUAUAUUUGGUAUUUUUUAAGGAGGUGCAAAUAUCAGUAAGGAUAAUAAGACACAAUAAUUUUAGUAAUACGCUUCGGGUUGUCCUUGAUGCACAUGUAGACAAUGCACGUUAGUUUCUAAUAAUUAAGGUAUGUUAUUUUGGAUUUUCUCUUUUGGACUGUUUACCUUCAUAGCCGAAAUAUUGCGCGAAUUGAUAAUGGUUCUGUAAAUGCUUUCCAAAAGUGACUUUUCAAUUAACUGGCAACUUAAUUUUAAAAAUAUUCAUAAUGGGACUAUAGCUUAUGCCCCAUUGUAGCGGUAUUAAAUGUCGAGUGAUAUUAAACAUAUACAGUGUAUAUAAUAAUGUAUAAUCAAUUUAUAUUUGAAGACAUACUUAUUUAGCAAAGUUGUUAUUGGGUUAGUAAAGCAAAUACUAAUAGGUGAAAUUUUAUUCAGUUAUACCAAAUUCAACAUCAAUUUCUUACUAUUGUGGAUAAGGUGGUAAGAUGUAUAAUCUUUGGACAGUCAUAAUAAAAAAAACCUUUAAUGUGUUUCUACUUAUGCAACUAAUUAAAUUGUUGGUGUCAACAAAACACUCUUUUCUGCAACUCAACCUUUGUGUCAUCUGACUGGCAAAAAGUAUUUUCUUAAACCUAUUUUCUUUUUAUUUUUCGCUCAUUAGUAUUUUCAAGUUAUUAUAAGAACGUUAAAUAAAUCGGUUGCUUUUAAUUUAAAAAGCUUUAGCUAAAUCAUGUUGGUUUUUGACUUGAAUUGUUAUUUUAUUGGAGUUCUGUUUGGGUGCACUUUGUGUGAUAUUAAUACAAUUCUAUUAAAAAUUACAUUGCAUUGCAUUACUUUACAUUGUGGCACUUUAAUAAACAAUUUUGGAUUUUUUAGGAAGAGCGUGCAAUUGUAUUUUUCUAUGUUUGACCAAAGCAUUGAGUUUUAUAAUACCCAGUGCCAUUUGUAAAAUCAGUAAUUAAUUAUAUAAUUAUAAUUAUUUGCUUUGCGAAGAGUCUUACUUAUAUCAAUUGAUUUUUACUUCAUGUUCAAUAUUAUCCUACAAUUAUUAAAAGACAGGAAGCACAAUUCUAUGAAUGAGGGAAGAUUCAUUAUAAAUGUUACCCUCUCAAGAAUUUUUGUUUUACAUUUUAGAGAAAAAAAAGUUAAUUAAUACAAAAGUUUGUAGGGUUUUAUGUGUAGAUCUAAUAUUACAUACUUAUUAUAUAAAAGGUGCGACAAGAAAGCAUAGUAUGUCAGAGAUAUAUUUUUUGAUUUUGAAUGCCUGUGUAUUAUUUCACAAAAAGAAAAGCCCAUUUACAUUGAAUUCAAAUUCAUAAUAUUAAGGUCGAAAUUAGCCAAAAAUAAAAUCCACUUAGUUGGCCAUGCAUCAUCGUGUCACGCCAACGUCACGCCUUUUGUUGAAUUAUUAUUGACAACAAAUUCAUUGAUAAUACAAAUAUAUAAACAAUGGUUUUUUUGAUUAGGGAUAUUGCAUUAAAUGUUAAAAGUGCCCUCCAGUGUCUUGAAUAUACAGCUGAAGCCCUCUUUUUAACUUAUCUAAAUUUUCCAGUGAGGAAAUCUAGGCCUCAAACCCUAGGACUUUUUCAUUUUGCUUUUUUUUCUAAAAUGUAAAAUAAAGUUAUAGGGAGGUAAAAUUUAUUAUUUUCAUCCCUGUACCUCUACUUCAUUUAAGCAUGUAACAGUGAAUGCAUGUAUAUCAGCAUAUGCCAAAAAUUGCUGAGGACUGUAAAUGACAUUGCAAGUUCUUCCUUAAUAUUUAUUAUCUGUUUGGUCAUUUAAUUGAAAUAAGAACUACUUUAUUUUUUAAGUUAUU